CGUGCUUCUUGAUGGGAUAGAUCUCACAGAGCGAGAUCUCUCUCUUGUGUGUGCCCUGCCCUGCUCAUUCUUUCUUUGCUAAACAGCCUUCGGCACUGGGAUCUGGAUGGCGGCGGCGGUUGCAACGCGGCGGUUGCAACGGAGGCGCCCAAAACGGCGGGAAGACGACAAGAAGCGCCAGACGGGCACAAGAGAGCCGGGACUCUUUGAGUGCUUCUCUACGGCGCCAUGUUGCGGCCCGCAUGUGUGGUGCUUCUGGUCCUCGCGGGGCUGGUUGUGGGUGGUGCAGACGUCCGCUCCCUUCAAGUGAAGCCCGCGCCGAGCCAUCCCCACAAGGGCCAACAUCCACCUCACCCAAAGAGCGGGCCGACUAACAGCAAGGGAAAAGGCAAGGAACAAGGAGGGAAGGGCAAAGGCAAUGGCAGCGGCAAGGGGAAGUGGCAGACGAAGGACCUCACGUGCCAGGUAAGACGAUCCUCACAGACAAGAGGCGUGUCGGUCGGGAAGUGGCUGACUGUGUGCGAUGUUUGCAGAGUGACGUUCUUCUAAGCGCAUCAGAACAGUCGUCCGAAAGCAGGGCCAUCUCUGACAUCGUCACAUGUAAGUCUGGCGUGCCACUGCUCGUCACGACACAUGGGGUGAACCAGUGCCCUCUCUGUGCCUGUCUGUGCAUUUGUGAAUAUGUCAGCGUCGGACAGGCAGCAAGUGCCCAUCGGUGUCGAGGUUCAAUCAGGCUUCGCCGAGCUGGGUGUCAACGACAUUCGGCUCGUUGCCCUGAAUGAGGACCCGGCAUCCCCAACACGCUUCACGGCGCUUCGGCUUGACUGCGGCGCCAACCCUUUCCCACUUGGCGAACCCACCGAUGUGUCAGUGGACUUUGAGUUCUGCUCUCCCCUCUGCAAUGAGCCGGGCUAUGACGCUGAGACUGUCACGUGCAGCCUACAAGUUCAGUGUGGCUCGUCAACUACUCCAAGUAGGGAAUGCCCGACGGUCUGCAUCUUCGUAUUGCAGCGCUUUGUCCCUUCCAGUGGUGUCGACCUUACCGCCUUCAGAGCCGAUCGUGACUCCCCCUCCACCACCACCGGCUCCUGUCCAGCCCCCUACCUGUCGGGUACCUAUGCCGUGCACCGCACUUAUCAUUCCGCACGAAUGUGAGUUGUUUCUCUCUCUCUCGUUCCGUUUUCUCUUUUUUUUGCAGAACUUCUUCCUCUCUACGACCCAGGGAUCAUCGGCCAGCAAGGGCCUCGCCUCCUUUGGUAAGGGAGAGACAGCGAUGUUCCUUUUACAGACCCGAUUGGAGUAUGGAUGGCUGUUGUGACUCAGUGACGUCUGAGGGAUUGGCCAUUGGAGUCAAUGUGCCACAACCAUUCAAGCAACUCGGCCCCAAUGGCAUCCGGCUGGUUGGUUUGCGAAAUGACGCUGAAAUGGAUCAGAAGUUUACCGACGUCCAGCUGACCUGCGGCCCGUCUCCGCGCCAGCUGGGCCAGACUCUGACUGUCCCAGGUAAGCAGCAGGGCACGAGAAUCCACCUGAGAGUACUUCAUCAUGUGCUCUGGCUGACAGUGACCUUUGAUUUCGGAAAGAGAGCAAACGGGGGCUAUGAGGAGACUGUCAGCGCGACCUGCGGCGUCAGAAUCAGAUGCAAUGCGAGAGGGCCGCCUCCGCCACCACCCCCACCACCGCCGCCACCUGUCCCCCCACCGCCCCCACCCCCUCCCCCUCCCCCACCCCCUACUUGUCGGGUAAUAUACCCACCGCACUUAUCCUCUGCACUGAUGUGGGUUGUUUCUCUCUUUCUUUCUCACUCUCUUUCUGCGUUGCAGAAUUUCUUCCUUUCCACGACGCAGGGCUCCACCGUCAAAAAGGGGAUUGACUCGUUCGCUACAUGUAAUUAGUUUUUCUGUUUCACGGUUUCCAUAUAGGAUGUGCCUUCCUGUUGAUUUACUUCAGCAACGUCUGACCGAGUUGUCAUCGGCGUCAAUGUACCAUUCCCUUGGACAUUCAUGGGUCCCAACGACAUUCGCCUGCUGGGUUUGCGAAACGACCCCGCCAUGGAGAACCGAUUCACCGCCAUCCAGCUGAAGUGCGGGGCCUCUCCGCGCCCUCUCGGGCAGACUCGAACCGUCCCAGGUCGGUUGACAGCAAGAGAAUGGACAGGAGCAGACACAUGCUUUUAUUGACUGAUUUCGAACGCAGUCGAAUUCGAGUUUGGCAAGAAGGCUAAUGGUGGGUAUACAGAUACCGUCCGUGGCACAUGCGAUGUCCGAAUCAGAUGCAACCAGAAGAGUGAGAAGACAAGCAACUGAAGCGUCUAUCCAUGUGAUGUGAUAUUUCUUGUCCUUAUCAGGCCCUCCGCCUCCCCCUCCCCCUCGCCCACCUCCCCCACCACGUGAGCCACCGAGUCAUUAGCCUACAAGAGUGAGCUCAUUUCAUGGUGCGUCUGUCGGCGCCUUGUGUGUUUCAUGCAGCCCCUCCCCCACCCCCUCCGCCGCCGCCAGGCCCACAGCCCAAGAUAGUGUGCAGGAGGAGGAGAAUCUUCACCACAAGAGGGACAAAGACGCUCAAAGCCGUCACGUAAGGGCACCAUGCAGGAUGACGUCGGCGCAGGCAAAUGACUCCCCUCUUCCAUACGUUCUUGACAGGACCUUCGCCGCCGUCCGUAAUGCUGGUGUUGGUUGGCGUGCGGUUGGUGCCAGGGUGCCGGUGGCAUUCAGGACGCUGGCCGGCGGCCGGAACCAGUUCGCCAGGGACAUCAAGCUCCAGUUCAAGAAGAACAGGCAGCAAAUCAAGCUCAAGUGCGGCAGAUUUCCCAAGCCACUGGGCAAGGUGAGAUGAAAACGGCUGAUGUUUGGAGCAGUGCACCCGCAUUCAGCUGCUGGUUGUUUUCAUUCUGCAGCAACUCACGGUCCCGGUCUUCUUCCGGUUCAGACGGGGGAAUCAUGAGCUCUGCAAGACCUGCGACGUUUUCGUCACUUGUCAAUAGAUGUUUGCACUGCUUUCUAUGAGCACCAACGAACGGCUGCUGCAAAAGGAAGAUCCGUACACGUGGUUGCGUGAGGGAAUUGUGUAUCCCUUUUGCUCUCCCUGUCUUUUGUGAGAGGCAGAGUGGUGGGCUGGGGUAUGGAUUGCACACAGAGAAGCCCUUUUGUCCAGUGAGAUCGUGAGCUAUUUGGUGCGUGUGAUGCGCGAAUUUUCCGGAGAGAUGGGGAGGGGAGGUGCACACCUCUGGCCGCGCAUGCGCCACUGCCAAUUUUCGCUCACGUUGUCCUGACGGCUGCUGUCCCUAGACCGCGUAUUUGUGUCUGUUUGUACUUCUGUGCUCCACAUCCAGUCGGUAUCUGUGUACUACUUCGUAAGCGCCGUGUCCUUCAUGUGUUUGGCUGGUUGGCUGAGGGGAUCGCUUGCAUGCUCAUCACAUCAUUUGCCGUCAUGCUUGUCUAUCGCACACCAUUCAAACGAUAGAAGACCCAUUUGUUUUUCUUUCGUUUGGGUGGUUUUUCUGAACUGUGCUUGCGCUUAAAGACGAAAAAUGGUCAUUGUCAUGACGGAGCCUUCACAGCGACUCACGAAUCUUUUGGCAAGAGCCAUGCAAAGAGUGUUGCGCGCCCUCCGAUCCCU